AUGGCUAAUUCUCGUCUGUUUACCUUUCUUGCUUUGUUAUUUCUUGCACUUCCUCCCAUGAGUAAUGCCCUGAAUGUUCUUCCGAAAUUCCGUUAUUACAAUACCUUGAAGGGUUAUCAAAUCGAUAAAAUAUAUCAAGUUGGUGAUUCCAUAUCCGAUACCGGCAACUUGAUUCGAGAGAGCGCAAUGAGAUAUCUUUCUCCGUUUGCAAGACUUCCUUAUGGCGAAACUUUUUUCAAGAAAGCAACUGGUAGAUGCUCGAAUGGCCGGCUGAUGAUUGACUUUAUUGCAUUGUCAGCUGGUCUUCCAUUACUAAAACCUUACAAAGAAGCCGGAGCAAACUUCGCACACGGUGUAAACUUUGCAGUAGCAGGGUCGACGGCUUUACCGGUAGAAACAUUGGCUGCUAACAAUAUUUUAUCUCCAGUAACCUCAAGUUCACUUGAUGUACAAUUGGAUUGGAUGCAUUCGCAUUUCAAUUCUACGUGCAACAAUCAAACAGACUGUGCCGAGAAGAACGUGAAUUCUCUUUUCAUGGUUGGAGAAAUUGGAGGUAAUGAUUACAACUACGCAUUAUUCCAAGGGAAAUCCAUUCAAGAAGUAGAAGAUAUGGUACCGCAAAUUGUUGGUACCGUUGCGAAUGCUGUCAGGAGAGUAAUUAGUUUUGGGGCUACUCGAGUGGUCGUCCCUGGUAAUUUCCCCAUUGGUUGUCUUCCAAUCUAUCUCACCGGUUUCCACACAAGUGACUCAACUGCGUACGAUGAAUACCAUUGCCUUAAAAGCUUGAAUAACUUCUCAAAAUAUCAUAAUGAGCACUUGGUACAAGUCAUCGAGGAGUUGAGUAUUGAACAUCCAAAUACUACUAUCAUCUAUGGUGAUUAUUACAGUGCUUUCAUGUGGGUUCUAUCCCAAGCUGGAUUUGAUUUGAAUUCUUUACAAAAAGCUUGCUGUGGACGUGGAGGAAUUUACAACUUUAAUCUAAGGAAGAUGUGUGGUUUUCCAGGAGUUUCUAUCUGUCCCAAUCCACGCAGAUACAUGAGUUGGGACGGGAUUCAUCUGACUCAACAUGCAUAUAAAUUAAUGGCGGGAUGGUAUUUGAAGUAUCUGACGAAGAAGUACCUGAAGAAGAACAACGUGCGUGAUUGGCUGCGGGUGAUUGCUUCGAACAAGGAUAGAAGUGUUUAUGAAUUCAGGUACUUCAACAUUGCUGAGAAUGAGGCUGAGGAGGAAGAGUAA